ACACCAUGAGCCAUGGCAUCUGUGCGAAUGUUCAUUACUGUCAUUCAAAUUCAAUAAUGUAAACAAUAACGUUGUGUUCCAAGUGUUUUCAGUGUUUAUUUUUCAAGGAUAAGCCGGUGCAAAAAGUUUAUGGUUGCAUUGCAAUCUGUGAUGUUAGUCCUACCUGUACUUACAACUAUUCUUUGUUUUACACUUCAUGAAAAAUGCAAGGCAACCGAUUUACCUCCGAUGAAGAGUCAGGACCUCGUUGCACGUCCAAACAAGCAUCACAAUUCCACAUUGUGCCUCCAACGCCGACAGUUCCCGAAGUAUCUCUUAUUUUAGAAAAACCACGUCCACCCUUGCCUUCUGUCAAUGACACUUUAUCUCGUUCAGUACCUGAGGCCAAGGCAAAUAUUGCAAAUUUUUCUAGCAUUAGAGGAAGUGAAUCAUAUGCAGCCUGGAGAGAAAAGCAAUUUCCUCAGCAAUUUAAUAGAACUUCACCAAAUGGAUAUAAUAGAGUAUUUUCCUCGACUCAAAAUAGUACUCAUUUACAGAAUUCUCAUUCUCCUACUCAUCAUCAACAUAUUAAAAAUAAUUCAGAAGUUUUGCAUGAACAUAAUUUUAAGCAGCCAAGUCCAAAUUCUCAUAAGCGGUUGAGUGAAUCUGAAAAGGCCAAGAAAAUAGAUAGUAUUAUUAAUAAAUACUCAGCCAAAAAUAAUCAACAAGACCAUUUAGUUCAUAAUAAUCACUUGCAUGAUAAUAAUGAUGAAUAUAGACGUAAAGUUCAUUAUGCAGAUGAAAAUAUUCCAAAUGGCAGAGAGCCUCCAGCACAUUCACAGACAAUUGAUGCUUGUGAUGUUGGGUAUCGAUACAAUAUUCAAAGAUCUCAUCAGAACCCCCAUAUUGAUACAUAUCAUCAUAGAUCAAUGCCAGUUGGACAUGAUGGUUAUCUAACUCAAAGCAGAUCAUUGCAACCAGUUCAUUACAAUACAGAGUGUCACCAACGUUCAUGUAAUUGCUGCAAUUCUCAUAACUCUCACAAUAACUCUAGUGGAGAAACAGACACUGUGAAACAUUUAUUGACAAUUAUAACAAGCCAAAAUGAACAAAUUAAAAGCUUACAAAAACAAGUGGAAAGAUUGUUAAAAUUACACGAACAAAGCUUGAAAACAAUGAAGCACUGUACAUGUCAACCUAAUGGAAUUUUUUAUCAAAAUCAUACUUAUGAUCAAUCAAAAGCGACUAAUUUUAUAAAAAGUAACGAACAAGUCUUUUCAGAUUUGAAAUUGAAAGAAAAUGAUAAAACUAAACAACAAGCUAUUUUAGAACAAAAAGUUUCGAUUGGAGUUAUGACAAGUUUUGAGCUAAAAGUUCAAAAUAACCAAGCCAUAAAUAAGGAUAAAGACACAAAACAGAAAAUUGCUUAUGAAAAUGCACUACCCAAUGUUCCCCAAACAUCAGAGAUAAUUAAAAAUCUAGUUAAUGAUACUGGAGAAAUGAUCAAGAAAAAAUCUCAAACAUUCAACCCCUACGCCUUGGAUAACAUCAGUGAGGCUUCGGAAAGUCAUUUAUCGUCAUUCCGCCAAAACCACUCGUCUGCAGAUCAACGUCAAUUCGAGGAGAAUCACGAGUCUUUGGAAGUUCAAACAGGUCAAGCGUAUGAAGAAACAACUCGCGAUUGUGAAUUAAAAAAUUCAGAUUCUAGAUUUAACGUAAAAGAAGUCACGAAUAAAAACGAUGACCGGCUUACAAAGGAGCAAUACGCAAUGGAUAAAACACGCGAGAAACUUAAAGCCCAAGAAAGAGAAAGGCAGUAUAAUGCACAAUACGAAAAUCGACGUUUCGAGCCAAUUCGCGCCGAUGGACGUGCUUCACCUUUCGAGGAAAGACGUGCCUCGCCCUAUGGCAAACCAAUUUCUCCCCACGAGGAUCGAAGAAAUUACGAAGAUCAUCGAGCUUCGCCAUACGAAGAGCACAGAACUUCACCUUACGAAGAACAGCAGCAUCAGUACCGCGCCCAGAAACAACCAGUUUUCGAAGAAAAACCUCGCGAUGACAAUUUCACGACUCCUUAUGAGAAUAGGCGCGCGAGGCACCCACCACGUUCCAGUGCGAAACGUGCUCCAUUCUACGAUAACAAGCCCGUGAACGCAAUCGAGAGGCCAAUGCCAACGGAUUUCAGAAAAAUGAAAAACAACAGAGCAGAUCACGUAGCCGAAGAGUGCCUUAGCUUGAGCAGCAGUGAGCUAGACGUAGAGGAACCAAGUCCACCUAGCCCAGAACCAAGCAUACACGUAGACAUGCAGGAGUUUUCGAGCGAAGGUGGAAGCUUGCCACCACAACGAAGCUCUAAACCAGGCUGCACCCUCUACGAUAACGUGCUGUACCAAGUCAAUCAAAUUCUACAGAAUUCAAAGCCAUUAAAUGACGACGACGACGAUGACGAUGACGAUCAAUCCGACGACAUGGAUAACAAUUUACCUAAGGGUAAUGUCAUCAUGGACACCGUUAAAGCAGCAACAAUGGAACAGCUUGCCAAGCUAGGAAUAAGUUUUUGUGAAAACGUUGAUCAGCGCGAUCCAAACUUCAACAAACAAGUCUUGUUCGAUGCUGCUUAUUACGCGAGCCAAGGACACGACGCUCAUAUGGCAGCCACGAGCAUCGAAACCAAUACGAGUAUGCACAUGAAAGCUCUGGCCAUGAAGUACUUGAACGAAGAGCAACUAGUCGACAUGCAGAAGCAGCGCGUUAACGUCAUGAAGCAGGCACCGGCAAGCAUUCAAAAUUCCAAUAUGUCCUUCGCGACGAUGCACUACUUGCAGCGCUAUCAAUUGCUACCCGGUGGGAAAGAACCUCCAAAGGAUCAUUAUAAAACACCACGAAAAAAUGUCCAUGAAAGAGUGACGAACGCGAGAAGAAGAGCCCCAAGUCCUCAGAGAUAUCCACAGGCAUAUGCAGCUAAUCCAAAGGUCAGUUUUCCAAGCAAAAUUUUAGACAUGUCAACUUUAAAGCAACAGUCGAAACUUUUGUAAAGUAGUAUUAUUCAACAUGUAUGUUAAUUCACGUCAAACGUGACUUAUCGAACUGAAUUGUUAAUAGUUUUAUACAUACUUUUUUAAUUUUAUACUGAUGAAUUGUAAAAAAGAGUAUUACAUGUAAUAAAA